AAUAAUGUCUUCUUCAACCUUCUUAUUUUUCUCUCUGGCUCUACUAAUCAUCACCCUCUUCCCCAUACCAAAAAUUACUUCUGCUUCUUUGGAGGAAACCAAUGCUCUUCUUAAAUGGAAAGCAAGCCUUGAAAUCCCAAAAAACUCAUUGCUCUCUUCAUGGAUUCCCCUCUCUUUGAAUUCCAGUGCAUCAGUUCCAUGCACUUCUUGGUUUGGAGUGGUUUGCAAUGCUGAUGGGAGCAUUCAGAAGUUGAGCCUCACAUCAUCGAGAUUAAAGGGUAUGCUUCAACGAUUUCCAUUCUCUUUGCUACACAAUUUUACGCAUUUUGAUCUCAGUCUAAACAACCUCUUUGGCACCAUCCCUCCAGAAAUCCAACUUUUGUCCAAACUUGUAUAUCUUGAUUUUUCAUUGAAUAAGUUUUCUGGAGUAAUCCCACCUGAAAUAGGAAAUCUAUACCAGCUAACCAUCUUGUACUUAUACUCAAACAAUAUCUCUGGUCCCAUUCCUAUUGAACUUGGGAAUUUGAAGUCUCUCACUAAUCUUGAUGUGAGCACCAAUCAACUUAGUGGUUCUAUUCCUUCAUCAUUGGGUAAUUUGACAUCUUUGAAUGUCCUUUAUUUGUACAAAAACCAACUCUCUGGUCCCAUUCCUAUUGAACUUGGGAAUUUGAAGUCUCUCACUGAUCUUGAGGUGGCCAUCAAUCAGCUUAUUGGUUCUAUUCCUUCAUCAUUGGGUAAUUUGACAUCUUUGAAUUUACUUUAUUUGUACCAAAAUCAACUCUCUGGUCCCAUUCCAGUGGAACUUGGAAAUUUGAAGUCUCUCACUCAUCUUACGGUGAGCGGCAAUCAACUUUCUGGUUCUAUUCCUUCAUCAUUUGGGGAUUUGACAUCUUUAAAUCUACUUUAUUUGUACGAAAAUCAACUAUCAGGCCCCAUUCCUAUUGAACUUGGGAAUUUGAAGUCUCUCACCGAUCUUGAGGUGAGCAGCAAUAAGCUUAGUGGUUCUAUUCCUUCAUCAAUGGGUAAUUUGACAUCUUUGGAUAUCCUUUAUUUGCACCAGAAUCAACUCUCUGGUCCCAUUCCUAUUGAACUUGGGAAUUUGAAGGCUCUUACUGAUCUUGUGGUGUACAACAAUCAACUUAGUGGUUCAAUUCCUUCAUCAUUCGGUAAUUUGACAUCAUUAAAGGUCCUUUAUUUGAACCAAAAUAAAAUCUCUGGUCCCAUUCCUAUUGAACUUGGGAAUAUGAAGUCUCUAACUAAUCUUGAAGUGAGCAAUAAUGAACUUAGUGGUUCUAUUCCUUCAUCAUUGGGUGAUCUGAUAUCUUUGAAAGUCCUUUAUUUGUCCCAAAAUCAACUAUCUGGUCCCAUUCCUACUGAAUUAGGGAAUUUGAAGUCUCUCACAAAUCUUAGUUUGAGCAAUAAUCAGUUUAGUGGUUCUAUUCCUUCAUCAAUGGGUGAUUUGACAUCUUUGAAUAUCCUUUUUUUACACCAGAAUCAACUCUUAGGUCCCAUUCCUAUUAAACUUGGGAAGUUGAAGUCUCUCACUCAUGUUGUGGUUUACAACAAUCAGCUUAGUGGUUCUAUUCCUUCAUCAAUGGGUAAUUUGACAUCUUUGAAUGUCCUUUAUUUGUACCAAAAUCAACUCUCUGGUCCCAUUCCUAUUGAACUUGGGAAUUUGAAAUCCCUCACUCAUCUUGAUGUGAGCGGCAAUCAACUUAGUGGUUCUAUUCCUUCCUCACUAACAAACCUCAACAACAUACAAUGGCUGACCCUCGGUAGUAAUAAAUUAUUUGGUUCCAUUCCUAGUAAACUUGGGAAGUUGAAGUCUCUCACUCAUCUUUCGGUGAGCAGAAAUCAGCUUAGUGGUUUUAUUCCUUCAUCAUUUGGUGAUUUGACAUCUUUAAAUCUCCUUUAUAUGCAUCACAAUGAGCUUGCUGGUUCCAUUCCUAGUGAACUUGGGAAAUUGAAGUCUCUCACUGAUUUUAAGAUGAACAACAAUCAAAUUAGUGGUUCUAUUCCUCCAGAGUUUGGAAAUUUAACUCAACUAGAAAGACUUAAUCUGUCUUCGAAUAAUUUGGCUGGUGAGAUCCCAAAGGAGUUUGGGAAGAUGAAAAGUAUGUUGGAUUUGUCCUUGGCUGGCAACCGACUUUCGGGUGUUAUACCUCUAGAGCUUGGAUUUUGUGAACUUCUUGAAGUACUUGAUCUAUCCAAAAAUAGAUUGAACGGGUCGAUUCCAACAAGUAUUGGUCAAUGGGCACAAAUCCACUACUUGAAUCUUAGUAAUAACAAGCUCGGCGAGAAAAUUCCAUCCGAGAUUGGUAGGUUAGUUCAUCUUACAGAACUUGAUUUAUCUCAUAAUUUUCUCAUGAAAGAGAUACCAUCUGAAGUUCAAAGUUUGCAGAGUUUGCAAAAAUUGGAUCUUUCUCACAAUAGACUAUCUGGUUCCAUUCCUGAUGCUUUUACAAGUUUGCCUAACGGUAUUGAUAUCAACCUUUCUUACAAUGAGCUCUCAGGUCCAGUCCCUCCUUGCGCCAACUUUGUGAAUGCGUCCAUAAAAAGCAAUCCAGAUUUGUGUGGGAAUAUUACCGGAUUGAAACUUUGUCCAAGUCAAAUUAUGAAAAAGAAAAAUGAUCCCUUUCUUCAUAAACUUAUCCUUGUGAUUAUGCUCCCCCUUAUCGGGGCUGUUUUACUUGGUGUAUGCACAUAUGGCCUAACUGCUUAUCAACAACAAAAGAAAAAGUCUCCACAAAAACUAUCGGACGAAGAAACUGGUGAUUAUUUCUCCAUCACAAGUUUUGAUGGAAAAAUAGUGUAUGAUGACAUCUUGAAAGCGACGAACAAUUUUGAUGAAGCAUAUUCCAUUGGGACCGGAGGAUAUGGGACUGUGUACAAAGCCGAGCUACAACCUAACAAUGUGGUAGCUGUCAAGAAACUUCACUCAUCAUUUGAGAAUGCUGAUCAUAAUGGAUUCCUUAACGAGGUACGAGCAUUAACGAACAUAAGACAUCGAAACAUAGUGAAACUCUAUGGAUAUUGCUCCCAUGUCCGCCACUCAUUUUUGAUUUAUGAAUACCUUGAAAAGGGAAGCCUUGGAUCAAUCUUAAGAAGCGAUGUCUUAGCAAAAGAAUUGGAUUGGUUGAAAAGGGUAAAUAUUGUAAAGGGUGUAGCUAAUGGUUUGGCUUAUAUGCAUCACGACUGCUCACCUCCAAUAAUUCAUAGAGACAUAUCCAUAGCCAACAUCCUUCUUGAUUUUGAUUGUGAGGCACAUAUUUCUGAUUUUGGCACAUCCAAGCUUUUAAAGCUCGAUUCAUCCAACUGGACCGCAAUUGCAGGCACCUAUGGUUAUAUCGCACCAGAGCUUGCUUUUACGAUGGUGGCAAAUGAGAAAUGCGAUGUUUAUAGCUUUGGAGUUGUUGCACUAGAAGUUAUAAUGGGAAAGCAUCCUGGAGAUCUCAUAACAUCUUUACCAACAUUGUCUUCUGAUUAUCUGGAGCCAGGAAAUGUGGAAGACAGUCGGAUACCUCCUCCCUCAUCCCAAGUUGAGAAACAAGUUUGGCUGGUUCUGAGUCUCGCAAGAGCAUGUUUGAACUCCAAUUCACUUGAAAGACCAACAAUGCAACAAGUUUCAAAUCGAUUAAUGAAGGAUCUGCUUUGAAUUGACAUCUGUUGCCUGAUCAAUAUAGUGUACUUUCAGUGUUCUUUACUUUUCUUAAGUUCCCUAUAUGCACCCUGCCAAUAUGUAUUCAUUUGAAUGGCUUUUUGUUAAGAAACUUCACAUAUGUUUGUGGUAGUAAAGAAAUAAGUCAAUGAAGAUUACUACACUUCUAAAAACACAGCACUGA